AGAUUGAAAAAUUCUCCUCCAUGAAAAAUAGACAUAAAAUACAGAAAAUUAAAAUUCUGAAAAAAGAAGAAGAAGAAACAUGCAUGAAUCACACCAUAGGAGAAUAUAAAAGCCUACAACUACAACACAAUCCUUCCAUCCAUAACCAUCUUCGAUGGAAUCUAUCCGAAAGCAUAGCAAAGAGAGUAUGAAACAGUCCUCUACUACUGAAGACGAUACCUUACUGCCAGGCCUCCCUAACGACCUUGCCAUACUCUGCCUCGCUUCUGUUCCUUGUACUCUUCUCCUCUCCGUUUGCCGUGCAUGGCGGCGACUCCUCUACUCUUCCUGCUUCCGUCAACCCUUCUUCUCCCUUUUUGCCCUCCUUUCUCCAUCACCGUAUGAUCCAACAAACAAUAACAAUACGACCAAUUCAAUUAAGUUUUGCUCAUUAGACCCUUUAUCUUCAGAGUGGCUUACGCUCCCUAAUCCUUCAAUUGACCCUCCACUUCACCUUCUCCAUCAUCAUCCAUCGUUCUUGUCAAGAAACCUCCCUAUCCAAUCUUUAACAGUCUCUAAUCAUCUAGUACUUAUUGCCGGCGCUACUCACCGUCUUGUUCCUGCACUUUCUCGGCCAUUACUCUUCCAUCCACAGUCUAACCGUUGGUUCUUUGGUCCUCCAUUCACCACCCCCCGCCGCUGGUGCGCCACCGGCUCAGUUAACAACACGGUUUACUUAGCCAGUGGAGUUGGGUUACAGUACAAUGGAGAUGUAGCAAGGUCAAUGGAAAAAUGGGAUAUGAAAGAUAAUAAAACGAAAUGGAAAUGGGAAAAACUGGGAUCAUUAAAAGAUGGAAGAUUUAGCAGAGAAGCUGUUGAAGCGGUAGGAUGGAAAGGGAAGCUUUGCAUGGUUAAUGUUAAAGGAAAUGCACCAAAAGAUGGAUGGGUUUACAAUGUUGAUGAAGGAAAAUGGGAGAACAUGCCUCUAGGAAUGCUUGCCGGAUGGACAGGACCUGCGGCGGCGACAAUGGAUGAACAGGUGAUGUACGUAGUGGAUGAAGUGCAGGGGAAGUUGAGUGAGUAUGACGGUGAAAAUGAUUCUUGGAAGAAGAUUAUCGAGUUGCCUAUUCUAAAGGGUGCCACUCAGAUAACUGCUGGAAGACGAAGAGUUUGUGUUGUCUGCGGUGAUAGAGAAAAGAUUGCGGUGGUUGAUGCGGUGGCUACUCCUGCUAGAGUUUGGAUGGUGGACCCACCGUCCGGACAUCAGGUGGUAGCUCUACAUAUAUUGCCAAGAUUGAGCAAGCAUGAUUAAAGUCGGGAAACAAUUAAGAUUUACUUUAUUUUGAUUAGAAUUUUAAAACACUUAAUUAGUUUUUCUUUAUUUAUAAUUACAAUAUCUAUGUUGCUCAAAGUAAUUGUAUGUGAUGGUCAACGUUUGUUAUUCACGUUCUUAAUAAUUCAUAGUCUUAUGGGUGCCCUAUUCUUUAGGGUUAGUUGUUUCUUUUGAAUUCCAUGUAUCGUGCCAUGAAAUGUAUUUUUUUUUAUUUUGCUUCUGUACGUGUAAAAAGCUAUAAAUGCCUGAUGUUCAUCUAAAGAAUAAUACAAUUUCCAUUCCCCUCCA